AUGCCCCGACCAGCAGGAAGCGACCGCAAGAGAACCAAGGGUGUCGCAUUCGAUGAGGAAGCUCUCUCGGGAACCGAAGACUUUCGUCGAGGCCACGGCAGAAACCAAAGGCUCGGCCACGUUACUCGGUCCAACUCCGGCUUUGCUGGCCUCGAGCAGCAGCUGGCCGAGGGAGGGUUAGGAACACCGCAUACAACUAUCCCCAAGCAACGCGUUCCAGGCAUGAUCUCACCUGCCGAGGUUGCUCCUCGCAAGCUUGGGACGUGGGAUGGGGUCUUCAUUCCUGUCAGCCUGAAUAUUCUCGGCAUUAUCCUCUUCUUGCGCUUUGGGUUCAUCCUGGGCCAAGUCGGGCUGCUGGGCGCGCUACUACUUCUCUUCCUCAGCUACGCUAUCGACACAUUCACAGCAAUGUCGCUAAACGCGAUUAGCACCAAUGGUCAGGUACGCGGCGGCGGAGCGUACUAUCUCAUCUCGCGCUCUCUCGGACCCGAAUUUGGCGGCAGCAUUGGUCUAAUUUUCUUUGCAGGCCAGGCACUCAAUGCCGCAAUGAACGUCCUCGGGUUUGUCGAGAGUCUGACGGAUGCGUAUGGCGAGAAGAGCUCAGAAGGAGGUCUUCUUCCUGAAGGCCCAUGUUGGCUUUUCUUUUACGGCAGCAUUGUCCUCCUCCUCAGCACGAUCGUAUGCCUCGUCGGCUCAAAGCUUUUCGCACGAGCGACGCUCGCACUAGCCGCCGUACUCGCCAUUUCCAUUCUGAGCAUCCCCGUUUCCAGCAUUUUCGUCCACCCGUUCAGCGACGAGGAUCGCGGGGCCUACUUUACCGGAUGGUCGCUUCACACAUUCCGCGAGAAUCUUUUCCCACAUUUCACCUCGGGUGCCGCUGGCUCCUCAACUGGCGAUCAGGUAGAGACCUGGCAAAGCGUGUUUGGAGUCCUCUUCCCCGCCGUCACGGGUAUCCUUGCAGGCGCCAGCAUGUCCGGUGAUUUGCGCAAGCCGAGCAAAUCGAUUCCCAAAGGAACCAAUUGGUCCUUAAUCUUUACGUUUGGGAUCUACAUUGGGGCUUUUUUUAUCUUUGCAGGCACCGUUGCGCGCGAGAGCUUCUACUUGGACGUGGGCAUCGUCAGCGACAUUGCGCUCAGUCCACAGCUAAUCACAUUUGGUGAGCUAGCUUCAACUGCUUUUUCAGCAUUGAUGGGCGUCAUGGCAUGUGCCAAGGUUCUUCAGGCGAUCGGUCGCGACGACUUGCUACCGGUGCUUGACGUUAUGGCGCAAGGAACGGAGAUCAGCGACACGCCAACGUUCGCGAUUCUCUUCACGUAUGGACUGUGUCAGAUCAUCCUUCUCGUCGACUCGGUCAACGUCUUGGCCCAGCUCGUCACUAUGACCACCCUCCUCACCUUCGGGACUCUGUCAUUCGCCACUGCAGCGCUGAAAGCUGGCGGCGCUCCUUCGUUCCGUCCUUCGUUUCGCUACUGGAACAUAUGGACUGCGCUUGCGGGAACAGCGUCAUGCUUUGGCGCUAUGUUCUUCACCGACUCGGCCGCAGCAGCAGCGUGCAUUGUCUGCGCCAUCUUUCUUUUCACCGCCAUCCACGUCUGUUCUCCUCCCAAACCUUGGGGUGAUGUCACUCGCAACUUGCACUACUACAUUGUACGCAAGUAUCUCCUUCGCAUCGACGAGAGGAAAGGCCACGUAAAGUACUGGCGGCCGCAAGUGCUGCUGCUUGCAAACAACCCGCGCACAGAGUGGAACCUCAUCAUAUUUUGCAACUCACUCAAAAAAGGCGCGCUCUACGUCCUUGGUCACGUGCUAAAGGGAGAAUUUGCAGAGUGCCUGCCAGAACUCAAAAAGCAAAAUAUUGCUUGGCUGAAGCUGGUCGAUGUCACCGGCAUCAAGAGCUUUGUAGAUGUUAUCAUUGCGCCAGACGAAAGGCAAGGCGCUCGCAACCUGAUCCUCUCUUGUGGACUUGGAGGCAUGCGACCGAACAUUGUGGUCAUGGGUUUCCCCACCCAUAUGCAGUUCCCGGCACGACUCGAUGUCAGCAGCAAGUCCAAGGACACGGACGAGAGCCACUUGACCGUCCCAGACGUAUUAUCAUCCAUGGAGGCGAAUGCACCGCAUCAAACGAUCAAUGUCCACGUUCUCCCGACGGAUUCGGCGCGACGCGAGACGCCAAUCCGCCCGACGACAUAUGUUGGAAUCAUGGAGGACACACUUUCGCUGAGCAAGGGUCUGGCCAUCGCUUACAACUUCGCAAAUCUGUCAAUCCCAGACCCGCGGCAAAAGUCUGGCGAAAAUGAUCAAAGCCUGCGCUAUGUCGAUUUGUGGCCUGUUCAGAUCGCCAGUUCCGACAUGGAUCCAUCGCACGCUUGGGACACUUACACCAUGGUACUGCAGCUCGGCACGAUUCUGAGCUUGACCAGCACAUGGAAAUACCAUAAGGUCCGCGUGUCGGUCUUUGUCGAAGUGCCCGAAGACGUCGAAGAAGAGCGUCGUCGCGUUCACAGCUUGCUCGACAAUUUACGCAUUCCGGCUACGCUGCGGGUUUUCUGUCUGCGCACGUCGCAUUUGGAGACGUACGAUGCAGUCGUCAUGGGCAGGCAGCCGGUGAGCGAACGCGUUGAGUUCGCCCUAAAAGGCGACCCCUGGUGGGAAACACUCAAGGAGCUUCGCAGAGAGGAUGAGAGGCGAGCAAAAGCGGCCAAGCGCAUGUCAAAGACCGCGCCACAGCCAAUUGGGACUGCAUCGCCAGCGAUGGAAGCUUCCCCGAGUGGGACUAAACGGCGAUCGAAGCGAGAGCAAAAGAUCUUGGGGGUAAGUAUGCCACCCGAGCAUUUGGCGUACUUUAAGCGUAACAUCAAGAUUGGCCUGGCGCAUCCAAAGGCACGGCCGAGGCGAGACGAUGAGAGCGAUGCGGACGACUCAGAUGAAAGCGAUGACUCGGACCUAAGCGAUGAGCUCGCACAGCUGGUGGAUGACGAAUGGUUUGGGGCUGGUAGUAGCGGGCCUGGCCUUGGCCUCCGCCGCGCAGCCACUUUCAACACAGGCCAACGGCGAACUGGGCGCAAGACGCGCAGCUACUCGGUUGGGGGGUCACAUGGCUUGCCAGAUGAACCAGUCCGCAGGCCGCUACUCGACAGCCCAUCGUUACGGCAGAAUGGAGCUGAGUACGGCUCAAUGAGUGUCACCCCCACCCCAGCACGCCUCGGCCUUAUUCCCGGAAGCAUGGGGUCCACGUCAUCAGGGUCGACACUCAAGUCAACCCGCCCAGUGGGCAGUCGGACGGCAUCGCCGGAUCCCUAUCUCGCGCCCAGCGGCAGCUCCAGCGUCGCAUCCUCGCGUCGAUCGAGUUUCAGCGCGAUUACCGAGCCGGAGGAAGGCACGUUGAGACCGCGCGAUCGCGCCGCGUUUGUGCGUUCUCUCGGUGCAGAGAGCCAAGCCGCAGCCGACGAUAACCAAGGCUUUUUGAGCGACAUGCUUGCAAGAGACGGCAGACGCUCAUCACGCCCCAUCUUGCAUCAUUCACGGUCAUCCAUGGCGUCGAUCAAAACCCCUAAACCACCGCUCAUCGCAUUCAAUGAGCUGCCCAACAAAGCGCAGUAUCUCAUAUUAAACGAACUCAUCCGCAACAAUUCUUCAUCCUCCACGUCUGUUGUUCUCACUGCACUCCCGGCCCCCGACCCUGGCACUGCUGACGACGAGCAAAAGAGCUUUCGGUAUUUGAAGUCCCUGCACACACUUUUUUCUGGUGGCCCACCCGUACUCGGUGUGCACGCCAAGACCCUCACCAUGACAAUGUCACUUUAG